UCCUUUAACCGCCAGACAAAGGGGGAUUGUCGUUACGAAAGACGUUAGAUGGCGUUAGGAAAGUGUUCGGCGUGAAGUAAUUUCAUUUCGCGAGCCUGGUCAGUCGAGUGUGGCAGCGGACGCCGUGGCUUGACGUGGAUGGCUAUGUUUGUUCCUGAGGUCUCCGAAAAUAAUUUUGACCGUCGUGCCGGGAGCCAGACGGCAGUCUAACGUUAUGUAUGUGGGAAUGUAGCUUGCGUAGUAGCAGGGGUUGUCGAGAAACGUGACCGUGAGCGACAGACCAGCCAUAUCCACACAGCUAGCUAGUCAGCUAUCCGAGUGGGUGCCUGCCGUCUCACCACAACACAAACGUUGGAAAACACCGUUCUGUCAGCGACGACAGCUAGCUAGCUAAGAUUUGCGUGGUUUGGAAGCGCCUCUCGUGGCAUGACGACCACUAACAAGGGAAACAAAGCCUUAAAGGUGAAGCGGGAGCCCGGCGAGAAUGGCACGAGCCUCACGGACGACGAGCUGGUGUCGAUGUCGGUGCGCGAGCUGAACCAGCACCUGCGUGGCCUCUCCAAAGAGGAGAUCCUGCAGCUGAAGCAGCGGCGGCGCACGCUGAAGAAUCGCGGCUACGCCGCCAGCUGCCGCGUCAAGCGCGUCACGCAGAAGGAGGAGCUGGAGCGCCAGAAGGCGGAGCUCCAGCAAGAAGUGGAGAAGCUGGCCUCGGAGAACGCCAGCAUGAAGGUGGAGCUAGACGCCCUGCGUUCCAAGUAUGAGGCGCUGCAGAGCUUCGCCAGGACUGUGGCCCGAGGGCCUGUGACCCCCGUCACCAACGCGGCCGUGCCCGUCUCCGCCCGCGGCCCCCUGGCCUCAGUCAUUGGGCCGCUUGUACCGGGCAAGGUGGGCGCCACCAGUGUCAUCACGAUAGUCAAGUCCAAAACAGACGCAAGGUCUUAGUACAGGCCAGGGAGCGAGAUGAGCGGGAGAAGGGAGAGAGGGAGGGGGAGAGGAAGAAGGAGAGAGGGUUCGUGUGUAAGGCUUGGUCAGUGCAUCACGGUUUAGGCAUGGGACAGAUUUGGCAUGACACCCAAUUUAAAAAGAUCAAAUUGGUACAAAUUUCACCCCACCAUCUCUGAGAAAUGGUGAAGGGCAUCCAUGCAGAAAGGUUGUCCUCACUACAUCCCAGUCCUGCAGUACUAGCCUCUGAUUGGUCAGUCCAGCCUCUUUCUCUGUACCUGUAUGCCAGAAAAGAAGAAUGAGUCCAUACUGAGAACAGUUAAGGCAUCUGGGCUUCCAGAAACAUUCAGAGAAAAUGAGAGCAAAUUUUAGAAGGUGCAGCAAAUCUGUUUAAUGGAUGUUCCUAGUCACUGUAGUGAGUGUUUACAUAGUGCAUUUUCUACUCUAUUGUUGACAUUAGGGCCCGAGUGUAUUGUGUUGUUGUUUUUUUUUAUUUUGUUUUGAGAACUGUUUGUUGGCUAUGUUUGUUUGUUUGUCUGCUGCUGCUGUUUUUGCUUUCUUCUUUCUUUUUUUUUUUUGUAACACAUGAGAUUUGUUGGGUUCUGAUGUGCUGUGUUUACUGUUUCUGUCUUUUUGUGUUUUGGAGGGGUUAGUAACUAAACACUGACUGAAAAACAGACCUUUGCCCUCUUCCUGCCUGCGCCUGCUUAAAGCGUCUGAACUGAACAGAGAGACGGGACUGUGUUUCACAAGAAAUGCUGUAAAGGCGGUUCAGGUAGGAAGGAGAGCUCAUCCAAGGCCUCCCCGCCCCCCCAUUCCGAAGUACCUCGGGAGUGUUAGCAUCUGGCGGCUAGCCCGUCAGCCUCGUCCCCCAACACCCACCCCCAUUUGUACUUCUCUUCCCUCACAAAAAUAGAGGCUGGAUAUGCACGUCUUCUGCUCCUAGAGGCUUUUCAAGAGCAGCUCAUGCUCUCGCCGAGGGAGUUCACCAACGCGCGAUUCCGCGCAAAAGACAGCAGCCGUUUGCCUGGAGCCUAACGGUGUGCACUGACCAGGACCUACUGAGAGAGGAGAGGACAGGAGAGAAGUCAGCUGACGUUGUUCAUAUGGUAGCUAUCAGGAUAACUGAGACCAGUUUAUGUGAUUGGCUAGUCCUUUUUUCAGGAGACAUAAAAAGGAUUCAUUUCUUUUCCUAAUGAAACUUUAUUGGCAAGGCAAUAAGAUACUUAUGUUGUGGAAAGCUGAACUGCUGGUUUUCCUUUCAUUGUGGGGCUAGUGAAAAUUUGUCAUGUGUUUUACAUAGUUUUAUGCUGGCAAAGAUACUCAUUUACUAUUUGAGUUACCUUAAUUACAAAAUCACCUUUUUCUGAGUGCUAGGUUAGGAAGUCGUUGCCCCCCCCCCCCCUGUUUUUUGCCUUUCAGUAACUCCAGAAAGGGCCUUUUCCCCUGGUUUAUUUGUCCCCUUUAACAAUUUUGAGAAAGGCAGAAAAAACGCUUGCUCUUAAAUUAAAAAAAAAAAAGAAAAGAAAAGAAAAACUACAACCACCUCUGUAUUUGGAAUGGGGACUAUCUGGUUGCAUAAACCGGUGAACUCUCACAAGCUUUACCAUAAAUCUGUCGCUGUGACGUUGCGUAACGUAUUCUAAGAAUCUUUGUCUAUAUGGUGGAGUCUUGAAUUUUAUAUAAAAAAAAAAAACAUAGAGUAUCUUGCAUUAUUUAUAAAACAUUUAAAAAAGAAUAUAAAGAUGUUUGAUAUCUCUUUUUUGCAAUUGUACCAAAAGUGGCUUAACUAUUGAAGUUGAUAGCUUUUUCUAGUGACUAGGCGCGUAAAACUGUGGACUAGCGCGUGUGGUGUGACGUAUAAGUGAUAAGGUGAUGGUACUGUUCACUAUUUUGGAUGUGAUGCUCUUAUGUUCUUAUUUCGGCCAAACCCAGGUGAUGGACGCACCCUACCCACAAUCCUCCAGUCCCUCCCCCUUCCCCAUCCCCAAAUCCCCUGUGCAGCUGUUUUUAAAGCAUAAUGCGUAACAAAAUGUCAGAAAUCAUAGACACAUUUCACUCUUCCUUAGAAUUGGACUUGGAUGUGCUUUCAAAAGCUGUAUUCAGCUGAUGGGAAAUACUGAGUAUAUGAAAUGAACCGUCCAAAUCUUGUCAUCUUUUGGUCUGUGGUGUGUGGUAGUAGCCUUUGGUGGCUUAGAAUCCACACCAAGGCUUCAGGCUGCUGGGUAUCCCAGUGGGCAACUAGUUUUCCACACCUAAUGCCAACUGCACUGCACAGUUUCCUAGACUGGGUCUUUGCGCCCCAUUUAAGUAACUCUUCUUACUAUAUUUUUAUGCCUCUUAUAGAAACAAAGCAAAUGAGUUCUGGGAAAAUAAUUUAGAAACUAUUAGGAAAGGAAUUCUCAGGAAAGUGGAUCUACAUGAAGGGUUAGUGGGAUGUGCUUAACGAUCCAGCGGUCCCAUCACCUCUGUUUGAUAAAGUCCCUUUUUUUUGUGAUGUGUGACUUUUUAUAUUUUUGGUGUAAAAUGUUUCUAUUGUAGAUUAUAUUUAAUCUAUUAUGUUUUAUGUUUUUGUUUUUGUUUGGAUGGGUUGGGGCUUGUCAUUUUCUUUAAAUGCCAGGGAAGUGACACUGUACUGAUUUUAACAAAAAGAAAUGAAGCAAUGUGCUCUCUCUGCUGCUGUUGUCUCUGGAAGGGCCUUGAGCCACCGCUGUUCUGAAGGACUCCAGCGGAAGGUUCUCGCUGUACAAUACUGGACUCGUGAGACCCUGCUUCUGCCACUCAGAACGGUCCUUGAACUGUAGAGCAAGGGAUUGCUACAAACGUUAUAUAGUGAAUAUCAGAAAAAAGCAAAAGGAAAAACCCUUAUGUGAUUUAGUGGAAGGUCGCGUCUUUCACGUUAUGCUGAGGAAAUAAGUGCUAUAUAAGCACUGUACGUAGUAAAGGUACCAAAUACUUUAGAUUUUUCUUCUAAAGUGAGGUUUCAUUUUUGAAAAGUACGUUCUCUUUCCUGAUGUACAGGAAAAACUAUUGGGUCAAAUACUAGGCCUUAAGAAGCCUUAUGUCAGCUGAAAUAAAAUACCUGACAAGAUUAAAAUUUGUAUUUAUAUUAUAAUGUACAGCAUGCAGAGUUUGGCUUUUGGCUAGUGCUCUGAGCUCCAGGUUGGAAGCACUGCACCACUGUACAGUACAACGCCCUCUCCACUGUAACACACUUGACUCAUGUCAUGAAGGGCUUGCUAAUUAGCAGAUGAAUUGAAUCGGGUGUGUUAUAGUCGGCAGAAACUGUGCAGGGUUCGGCCACUCUCCAGACUCAUGUUUCGAAAUUCCAUCCGUAUCCCCCCUCCCUCCCCCCAGUCGAAGCAGACAGCGUAAGCAGAGCUGAGUGACAAUCCAAACCGUACCAGACAGCACAUGUCCCUGUGCUUACAACUACAAAGCUAAAAUCAGUUGCCUGUUUCAGUUUUGUUUUUUGUUUGGUUUUUUUUUUUUUUGUUUGGUUUUGUUUUUUUGUUUUUUUUUCUUUUUUCCCUUUGAUUGCAUAUCCACUGGGCAAUGUUACCAUAGACCAAAUAGUAAAAUGGGUCUCCCUAUUCUAAAAUUAUGGAACAGUUUUGGUUAAGGAUGGUAGUGUGAAACGUCAAAUAUCACAACAAUGGCAAGUUUAGGAGCCCAGAAAGAACAGAUUGCUAAAUGCACUGGCUUUAAUACACAGGAACUCUUCGGAGGGUUUGGCUCGCUCUUGUCAUGUUAUCAAAGUGCUAUUUUGCAUUGAUUUUUCGCAGUCCAGCCAGUUCAAGUUGUGCUUGCAUUACAUGAAAAUCAUCACAUGCUGUUGGGUGUGGGGGAGAUACUAUCAGGCCUUAUACAUUUUGACUCCUCUCCAAGCUGCACUUAUCUGGCAUUUAGAUAUAAAUAGAAUAUUAUAGGUAUAUUUAUAUGGAUUUUUUUUUUUAGUCAAUGUAAAUCAAGAAAAUGAACUUCCUCUGACUGGUUAAUCUGUGACAUUGUUCUGUAAUGGUCUUUGGUCCAUUUUGACGUUGCUUUCGUAACCAAUGGUAGCGUUCUCCUAUUGGCUGUGGCAGUUCUGUGGCGUGUCCCAACAUUAUGUGAGCAGUGUGUUUUUAAAGGGUUAAAAAUAAUUCUCCUAGCUUACUAGCAAACAAUGGCGUGCUCCUUGUGGCAGUAGUUGUGUUGUGGGCAGCGCCACCUGCCUCACCUCUGCACUCCUCCUCUCCCUCCCUUCACCUUCUCUUCCCACCGUGGGAGAGGAAGAGUGACAUGGCUUCUCACGUCUGUCAUUGUCGUCGUUGUCGUGGUGACUUGGUGUAGAAGUGAACAGUUGAAUUAUAUGCAAAUAAGCGGGGAGUAAGGAGGGCCCUUGGUAAGAUAUAGUUGUUUUUAUUUUUAUUAGUUUUUUUUAUUUAUUUGUAUUUAUUAUAAUUAAUUUUUUUUUCCUGCACUUGCAGUUCAGUAAUCACAAAGUCUGUGAGGGCAAAAUGGACGCCAUUUUAUUCUUUGUUUAUUUCAAUGCUAUAGUUUUCUUUGUCUAAUUUCACCUGAGCAUGCAAGACUACCUUGCAAAGAAAAGCAGAGUAUCACCUUAUGAUAAUUAUAUUCAUCAAAGAAUACAACAAUAUUUUUAAUAUUUACCUCAGCAGUUAAAACAGUUUUCAGGAGUUGUUGUGUUUUUUUUUGUUUUUUGUUUUUUUUUGUGUGUAUGCAUUUGUAUUAAUGGAAAUUACAUUUACGGUACAAGUUCCCCUUUUAAAAAUAGUGCCAUGUCCCAAGAGACAAAAGCAAUGGUUAUUAAAAGCAACAUGAGACAAUCUUGAGAACAGCUAACUGAAUUGUCUCAAAUGUGUGGGCUACCUUGUUGAGAACAAGGUAUUUAAGCAACACCUGCACCGUGUAACCCCGUGCUGGGCUGGGCUGGGCUGGCUAUUAGCAGAUCAGUAGGGAGCAAAGAACUGAGCAAGCCCGCUCCAGUCCCAAGCGUCCACUUCUGUUGCUGGGCACACCAUGCACUACCCUAAAAAUGCAAGACUUUGUCCUACUUCUUCCUGAGUGUAACUAUAGUGUACUAACUAUGCUGAGCUACACUAAUACGUUGUAUUGAAUGACAUCUAUUCUUGCCUUGCUGAUAGCCCAAAUGUGUUUCUGCUCUGCCGUGCUCCCAAUAGCUUUUUUUUUUUUUUUUUUUUUUUUUUUUUUUAGCCCUCCUGGGACAGGAAUUAAAAGGUUUCAUUUCUGGGCAAAGACAAAUGUGUCUCAAAUCUUCAAAGAGGCUCUCGUGCUCUCGUUAAGGUUUAACCAAGAAACCCAGUUUUCUUUCCCCUCAAGUUCUGUCUGCCACGGUUGUUUUCAAAGGUUUAAAUAAUUAACUUCUAUCACAUUGCUAUUGCAAAUGUUAAUGUUAUUGGCCAUUGGCGUUUUGGGCCAUUGGCGUGCCAUUAUUACACCACAUGACUAUUUCUUCCGGAUUCAUGACUCACAAAUCAAUGAAAUAAGAAUGGCCUUUUUUUAAAAAACAUUUGUAUUGAUAGCACUAUUCUGGUGCUUCCUUUAGCUUUGUCCUAGUUGGGUUUCUUUCCCUAGGUUACAUGAAAUAAAGUGUUUUAUUCAACAUAAAAUCAAUUUGUAUGCAGCACUUGGGAGAGGUACAUUUCAGUUUCAUUUUAAUAGACCAAUUUUUAAAAAAUUAUUAUUUUUGUUUUUUGUUUUUCCCUUUUUUUCCUGAUUGUCUCUCUGUUCUUCUCUUCACUAGAACCAUGUGUCCAUGUUAAAUGGUGAGCUGAAGAGUACAUAUGACAAACCUGAUCAUUAGAGCAAUGUUUUGGUGUUGUCCCAAAGUACACAGUGAGAAAUUUCAAGCUAUAAAUUGUGAGUUUAUGACCAUGGAAAGUAACAUUUUUGUCUAUUAAAAAUUGUUCUGUUUUUUCUGUAUGGGGUGUAAUGAAUUCUAUCAUAGUACUUUGUAUGGGAAUUAUACAUACAGUAAAAGUCCAUUUAAUUGUAAUUAUUUAUCAACUAAGUUAUUGUACUUUUUGGAAUUUGUAGAUAAGUAAUAUAAUGUAUUGGUAUAUAACGAUGAAAUUUACUGUAUCAGUCAGUCUGGGGCGUCUUUUAAUUUAUUGAUGUAUAUACUGUAUGUUUGUUGAUAUACAGCUUACUUUAUUUUGUAUAUGACCAAUAAAUACAUUUUGAAAAGCGUAGUAGUAGUAGGGUAGUAGCAGUAGAUCUAUCGCUUCGGGGU